GCCUAGCGGCCAAGAUAGGAACCCAGGAAAUAUUAUUCAUCUUCAGUUCUUCACCGAUGGUUGCUAGAAAAGUCUACUGAUUAAAAGACACAAUAAAAGAAGAAGCUAGGCAACUGUAGUUCCCAAAGUUGUUACAAUAAAUUGUAAUGGAUCUUGAAGAUCGUGAACUCAGUCCUCAAAAUACAGAGAAGCUAGUCCAAUUUCAGGAGUUGUCUGGAAUCGAUGAUCUGGACAAAUGUAUGGAGAUUUUAGAGAGGCACAACUGGGAUGUAGAGACAGCCAUACAUGAUCAUCUUGGUCUAGAUCCCAGAGAAAUGGCUCAACCUGCCAGGGAAAUGCCUGUAUUUCCUCUACAAAAUGGACAACCUACUGUCCACAGACCUCUCCCACAGAACCCACCUAGAACACAACCUGUCGACUCAGUUAUUCAAAGGAUAAUGACUUACUUCUUCAACCCCUUCCUUGAUGACAACACAGGCCUUUUUCCAUUGCCAAACCAAAGGCCUGAUGGGUUUACAGGAUGGCUGUUUUUCCUCUCAUCUCUUCCAUUAAGAGUUGUGAUGGUUACAUUUUAUCAUUUAACCCGUUUUGUCUUCAGGAUCAUCAGACCAGAAAACCGACCAGCUGUCACAGAUCCAACAGGAAAUGUCAUUUCCUUCAUUCACGAGUAUAAUGAAACAUUUGGAGAUCAACACCCAACUUUCUAUCCUGGAACCUACAGUCAGGUUCUCAAUGAAGCUAAAAAAGAUCUUAAAUUUUUGUUGGCAUACCUCCACUGUAAAGACCACCAAGACACAAAUAAGUUUUGCCGUCAGACGCUCUGCAACCCUCAAGUCAUAGAGUUCAUUAAUAGCAAUUGCUUAAUGUGGGCGUGCAGUGUAAAUAGUUUGGAAGGCUACCGUGUCUCGCAAGCGCUUCGAGAGAAUACUUACCCAUUUUUGGCCAUUAUUGUUCAGAGGGAAUUCCGUAUGACCGUCGUUGGGAGAAUUGAAGGAUUUAUUGAACCAGAUGCCCUAGUUCAACGUUUACGAACCACAAUUUCAGAUAAUGAAGCUUUUCUAGUGGCCGCAAGGGCAGACCGUGAAGAACGUAGUUUUAACCAAGCUCUAAGGUUAGAGCAAGAUGAAGCUUAUCUCGAAUCGUUACGAGCUGAUCAAGAGAAGGAAGAGAAAAAGAGACGUGAUCGUUUGCUUGAAGAAGAACGUCUUAGGGAGAUUAGAGAGAUGGAACUAGCCGAAGAACGAAAGAAAGAGGAAAUGAUCCGGAGGAAGCAAGAAGCAAUUAACUUGAUACCGCCAGAACCCGCUGCCGACGAAUCCGGAAUUUGCCGUAUUCUGAUCCGAUUACCUAGAGGGCAGAAACUAGAACGGCGCUUCCAUCGAACAAUCCACACACUCAAAGAUCUGUACUAUUUUAUUUUGGCUCAUCCCGAUUCUCCAUAUCAAUUUGAAAUGGCUACUUCUUUCCCUAAGCGAACGUUACCAUGGCAGCCCGACAUGGAUACUUACCCGACGUUGGCAGAAGUAGGUCUUGGAGCCUCUGAAGCUCUUCUCGUCUUGGACUUGGAUGCUUGAUCAGUAGAGUUAAAAAAUAAUGUGUUUACAAAAACCUUUACCUACUCUUGCCCCCAAAUUUUUCUUCAAUUUCACAUUGACCCGGUAUUAAACCGCCAUAAAAGUAUCAUGAUCAUAAAGAAAGAAUAAAGAAUUUCCAUAUA